AAGUAGUCCAAUCGUGUAACUUACGUAGUAAGCGCAAUCUGACCUCUAGCGGAAGCGUCUGAGAAGUGCAGAAGGGUUUCAAUGGCAACCAUCACAGAGUUGAAAAGCGCCUUGAAGGAGACGCUGGAGGCCCGUGGGGUGCUCGGGCAGCUGAAGGCGAGGAUCCGGGCCGAGGUGUUCAGCGCGCUGGAUGACCAGAACACGCCGCGCCCGCCACUGUCGCACGAGAACCUGCUGAUCAAUGAACUGAUCCGAGAAUAUCUGGAGUUCAAUAAGUAUAGAUACACUGCAUCAGUGCUGACCGCAGAAUCAGGUCAGCCUGAAGUUCCCUUGGACCGUCAGUUCAUGGCCAAUGAGCUCAACGUCGCAGAAGAUUCAAGUGCCAAAGCAGUGCCACUGAUGUAUGGAUUGCUCCAUCAUUUCCUCAGCAGUAAAGACGAGCACAAAGGAAAACUCUUCCUAAAAGGCUCGGCAACAGUGCAUUCACAAGAACCACAUGGCCAUCUCAAUGCAGAGUCAUAACCCUGAUGGAUACUGCAUCAAGAACCAACAUACAAGAGGAUGUCGUCACAGAUAGGCACAGUUUCCUUUAAAGAGGCUAAAAUAUUCUAUCACUUUGGUUUUAGAUAUUAAAUAUAUCUACAUUUAAUUUUUAAUGUUGUGUUCUAUAUUCAUGCUAUUAGUUAUUCAGUUUAGGUUCUUAAGAAAAAUACAGUCCGUUACAGUAUAGUCAUAUUCCUCAUGUAUUAAAUGUAAAUAGUCUGAUUUUGAAUUUGAACAGUUCGAUGUUAAAUUUUGCACAUGCAAUAU